AUGAAUUCCAUCACUAGAGAGACAGAGACGAUGAGGCACAUAGGUUCAAUUGAAAAAAUGAAAGAGCCAUAUAUGUUGGCAAAAAGAUAUGAUUGGAAAGGGUUUUUUGAGUUUUUCCAAAACCACAAAGAUCUGUUAAACAAACAAAUUGAUUUACACCAUAACACUCCUUUUCAUUAUGCAGCACAUUGUGGGAGUAAAGAAAUUUACAACAAAAUGCUAUCAUUGGUUGAUCCAUUGGAAAUACAAAAAGUGUUGAGGAUGAGAGAUGACAUGGAUAACACACCACUUCAUGAAGUGGCAUUCUCAGGAGAAGUGGAAAUGGCUAAGAGUAUAUUGCAGAAAGAGGAGGAAGAAGAGUCAGAACAGUUUCCUCAGCCAUUGUUAGAAAUGAGAAAUAAACUUGGAGAAACUCCUGUUUAUAGAGCAGCUGCACUUGGGAAGACAAAUUUGCUAAAGUUCUUCGUUGAUGAAUUGAUGGUGGAUUUAAGGGAUCACUUUCAUAGAAAUGGAGAUAAGAUGUCCAUUCUUCACACUGCUGUUAUUGACCAAUUCUUUGGCACAGCUUUAUGGUUACUGAAACGGUACGAAGAACUGGCUUAUCAUAAGGAAGAUAAUCAGUUGACAACUCUACAAUUGCUAGCAAAAAUGCCAUCUGCAUUCAAGAGUCAAUCCCAAAUGGGAGCCUUCAAAAAUUUCAUAUAUCCUAUGCUUCCUGAUUAUAAAGAUUAUGAAUAUUACCUUCAUGAUAAGGAUGAUACAAGAAAAGGAGAAGAUGUGGAAAAAGGCCAAAACGAAAUAAAUACACCAUAUCAAACUCAUUGGAAGCAACCACCCCAAAUUGAUCAAACAAAACUCUCAGCUUUUUCAUGGAUGUGGUAUACUAUGUGGAAAGCUCUAGCCAAAGAAUGGAAAGGUAUUGAAAAACUUUGGAGGAAAAAAGAAAUGCAUAACUUGGCACAUGAACUUGUAUACUUGUUAGCAAAGAAUGACAAUUCAUGGCAACGUAGUUCUAUAGCAAGAGACAGAACAGUAUCUAUGGGGAGAUCAAAUUAUACAGAAGGAAAACAGAAAAAAGGGAAACAAGAAAUACAAAAGGAACAAGAUGUUACAAGCUGCAAAUCUAUUAUUUAUACACCUUUGCUUAUGGCAGCUUGUAAUGGAAUUAUAGAGAUUGUAGAAUUGAUAAUUCAUUUUCAUCCUCAGUCAAUUGAGCAUGUGAGUGAAGAUGAGCAGAACAUAUUGUACAUGGCUGUCGAACACCGGCAGUUAGAAAUUUUUCGAAUGUUGAAGAAACUGAAAAUGGUUAGACAUCUUGCUGGGAAAAUAGAUAAACAAAGUAAUACUGUCCUUCACCAUACUGCAGAUUUUAAAGGAGGAUCUCAACCUGGUUAUGCCCUGCAAUUGCAAGAGGAGUUGCAUUGGUUUGAACGGAUAGAGAGGCGACUUCCUUAUCAUUACAUCAUUCACAAGAACAACAACAACCAAACUGCAAAGGAAGUCUUUGAGGAAAAACAUGAACAACUGCUGAAGGAUGCUCGCAAAUGGAUAAAAGAGACAGCUCAGUCAUGUUCUGCAGUAGCUGUCCUUGUCGCAACGGUUGUGUUUGCAGCUGCUUACACUGUCCCGGGAGGCACAGACGAUCGUGGCUUCCCAAGAUUACUUCAUCAUCCUAUAUUUGUAGUGUUCACAAUCAUGGAUGUUGUGGCCCUUGCAAGUUCAUUGGCUUCAGUGGUUAUGUUCCUCUCAAUCCUCACUUCACCUUGUGAGUUGUGGGAUUUUAGGAGGUCUCUACCUAGGAAACUAAUGGCAGGUUUUGCAUUCUUGUUCUUUUCCAUGGCCACAACAAUGUUGGUGUUUAGUGCAACAAUUUUGGUGAACAUCAAGUUAGAUAAGAACAAAUGGACUACAAGCUUGACGUAUACUGCAGCAUUCUUUCCUGUCAGCAUAUUUGCAAUGAUGCAGUUUCCUUUGUAUGUUGCCGGGAAAGAAUGUGUAGUGACAAUUCUUAGGAGACUUAAGAAGAUUGUUCCUCGUUUCUUCCUCAAUCUGAUCAAAAGGAGGAAGAGGAAUAGACUAUGGGAUAUUUGAUGUUUAGUUAAACUAAUUGUUUAACCCUUUUUCUUCUGCCAUAAUUUCUUUUUGUUGUAUGCAUUUGGCUUAUAACAUUUUACUUUUUCUACCACUACACGUGGGUAUUAAUAAAUAAGAUCAUAACUUUUACUUA